GAAUUCGGCCAGCAUAAGGUAGCAAAUGCUUGAACGCGGACUACUGCCGAUCGAUGAUGAUCCGCCUAAGCGGUUAAUGACGAUUAUACAACAGCAGCAACAACAAGAGCAGCAGCAGCAGCAGCAACAGCAGCAGCAAGAGCAGCCCAGAGAAGACGACGAUGAAGAUGAAGAGGUAAACAAAGUGGAGCACCACCAACAACAAAACGCUAGUAAUUUAAUGAAGGCACGACGACGUGUCGCCACCCAAAUGGCUGAGCGUCAGCAGAGACAAAAGGAGGAAUUAAAAAAACAACAGCAAGAGCAACUGCAACAACGACAGACGUCCCAACAACAGCGACUGGAAGAGCAACAGCUACCGCAACCAGCCAGAUUCUGCCUGCCCAUGUUGGAGUUGCCGCGUAUUAAAGUGGAAAAUGUACAGAAAGAGCUGCUCUACUCCAUGGAGGAGGAUACAGCGGAUAGUGAGGAGGAAGAGGAGGAGCUGCGCAUUAUGGAGGAGCGUCGACAACUCGAACGACGGCUGAAAGUCGAAGAGAGCUCGGCACAAUUGCCUGCAAUGUCGCGUCUAAUGGAGCCCACCACCUCAAUAUUGAAGACUUCAUUGCUAGCAGGUGCAGCAGCAACACUGGCAACGCUUACAGCAGCCGCUGAACAAGUGAAUCGAACGUCAUUAUCGCCACAAGCACACGGCGACGGUGGUGGUGGUGGUGGCGGCGGCGGUCACAGUCGUGGAUUGGGCGCGCGUACAUUAAGUGCUGGGCGUCGUACGCCAGCGGUGGCGGAAAAUAGUCUGAUAGAGAGUAAAAGACUGCUAACACAACAGCAACAACAACAACAACAGCAACAACAACAAGAUCAAUGUGAAACACCUGCGGCGCCCAUCAUGCCUUAUAAAUCAAUAUUGCAGACGGCGCUUAUGGGAGAGCGACCGCUAAGGUCUGAGACGCCACCACCGCCGCCAUCGCCACAAUCAACUGUUAUGCGCGCUGCUGGAGCGCUCGCCAGUUUGCAAGCACAAACGACACCGCCGCCGCCGCCGCCGCCGCAUGUGCUUAAGACGGCGGUGACGCUGGCAAGUUUAAGUGAAAUUGCGGCAGCGCGCCAGCAACAGGAGGAGGAGGAGGAGCGUCUUAUGCGCGAGCAACAACAACAACAACAACAACAA